AUUUUGUCGCACUAAAAUUCAGUGCAAAGAAUCGAGUGAUCGUGUAAAGCUGCUGUGUAGUGUGUUACACAUCGAUAAUGUUUUCGUGCCAACCCGUGAUAGCCGAUUGGUCAGUUGGUGUGAAGCUGGAAGAUUUGUCCGAACAUCCGUUCACAGACGGAAACCAGUGGGAACCCAAGCCAUGCGUUUUACCGGAAAGAUAUAUGGACCUUGCCGAACGAAUACGGAACUUUCAGGUACUCGAAGAUGACGUGUGGAUUGUUACGUUUCCCAAGUGUGGAACUACAUGGACACAGGAGAUGGUAUGGUUGAUUGACCACGAUUUGGACUACCAUACAGCCAGAACGAUCAAUCUCAACGAUCGAUCUGUGUUUCUUGAACUGUUCAGCACCUUCGAUCGAACGGAGGACACAAUCACGGCAGCAGAAAACCUCCCGAGACCUCGCCAUAUCAAAUCACACCUUCCGGUAGCAUUGCUCCCGAAACAGCUCUGGACAGUGAAACCAAAAAUCGUUUACGUUUCGAGGAACCCGAAAGAUGUAGCAGCAUCCUAUCUGCACCAUUAUCGAGGGUUCGCAAACUAUCGAGGAACGAAAGAGGAGUUUUUCGAGAGGCUACUAGCUGAUGAGAUCGAGUACUGCCCACAAGUAGCACACGUGCUAGAAUUUUGGCGCAUCAAAGACCAUCCGAAUAUAUUGUUCCUGGCGUAUGAACAGAUGAAACGAGACUUGCGGAAGGUACUUCCGACGGUUUGCGAUUUUCUGGGAAAACAGUUUUCAAACAAGCAAUUGGAUCAACUUGCAAAACACCUUUCAUUUGAGGAGAUGAAAAUUUUUUUAGAAAAUCCCGCAACAAACAACGUCGAACUGGUACAGACUAGGAUGAAACGGGAAGGCAGAGAGGGUGAAUCCUUUGAAUUCAUGAGGAAGGGCCAAAUUGGAGACUACAAAAAUGAACUAUCAUCCAGCUUCAUCGACCGUUUCGACGAAUUCAUCGAGAGGGAGCUACGUGGUAGUGAUUUCAGAUUUGAUUGCUGAAUAGAAUCUUCCAUAGAUGUAGUGGUCACGCCGUUUUGUGUACAUUUCAAUCUGAUUUUUUUAAAUGAAGUUGUGUGUAUAUAUUCAAUUAUACGUUGAAAUCGGAUGCAAUGUCGCAAAAACCUUCCAAAUCCUAAUGAAUAAAUGUAAGAAAUAAAACUAAUGAAAUGAUAA